AGUUCUCCUGGAAACAAAAUGUCCCGUAAUAAAGAGGUGCUCAACUUUGAGGACACCUAUGCCGGUAUCUCUGAUGAAGAAGAGGAUGCCUUCAACGAUGAGACUUUUGGCACAGGUGUUGCCGUUGGGUCUGACUUCAACUUUGGGGGAGACUCUUCAGCCUCAACGAAAAGUAGUGGGUUGCACUAUGCCCAAGUUGCUGGUUCUCACAAGGCCAAUGUUGCCUAUAAUGACGAUCAAUUGAAGCCAAUUGAGGGUCUUUGGGGCCAAGGUAGUAAAGAUGCUAUCUCUGCCGACGAAUUGGAGGCUAAGCUUCAGAGCUCUGUUGCACAGGCUCAGCAGCAGACUCAGCAACAAACUGAGCAGCAGCAACAGGCUCAGCAAUUCCCAGGUGGCUAUCCUCCACUAAACAUGGGUUAUAACUUUCUCCCACCUGGAUUCAUCCCUCCGCAAGGCUAUGGCCAAUUUGCAGUUCCUCCACCUCAGCAGUUCCAACAGUUUCAACAGUUCCCUCCAAUGGAUCAACUGAUGAUUCAGCAGGGCCAAUUCCCUCCUCAAGGUGUCAAUGUCAAUGCAGGGCAAGGUAUUCCACAGGCUGGUCCUCAGGGACAGUUCCAACCACCUCCAGGGUUCCAACAGUUGGCUCCACAGCCUGUUCAAGGUCAGGGACAAGCUCAAGGACAAGCUCCUCAACAGUUGCAGGAACCAGCUCCUCAGGAAACCCAGCCUCAACUUUCUGGUUCCCAACAAGGUGGUACUAAGGUCGAUCUCUCUGACUUCCCAGUUCUCGGCUCCAAUGAGAAACGUGUUCAAAGCCAAGGACAUCAGCACCAGCGUCAGCAGCAACAGAACCAAGGUCAAAACCAGAGAUCUUACCGUCAACGUCACCAUCACCAUGAUAACUUUGACGAAUUGCCGGAGGAGGAGAAACAACGUAUCAUUAAACGUCAACAAAAGGUCCACCGUAUCACACAGUUCUGUGGUAUUAUGACUCCUCGUGAUAAAGAUUUCGUCAGUCGUGUUCAACUGUCACAAAUUGUGACGGAUGAUCCUUACAUUGACGAUUUCUACUUCCAAGUCCAUCGUCUUUUGAAAACUGGAAACGCUGAAGUUGAUAACAACAGCGUUGCACAGUCAUACCUGGAUCUCUCUGGUCACAGGCUAGGAGGACGUGAUCAAAGAGCCGAAGUUGCACUCCAAAGAAUGCAACAGCAGGUUCAAAAGGCCGUGAGCUAUGUUAAGGAACGUGCAAAAAAUCACCCUGCUAACGGUGGUAGAGGUAAUGCAUUGGGAAAGACUAGCACCUUGGGUAAGACUCCAAGAAAGCAGCUAGAAAUCACACUCAAAUCAGACGUUCCUGUUUCAACAAAGAGUGGAAGAAAGUCAAUCCUACUCCAGAUUGAAAACAUCUACCAGAAGGUGUUGGAGUUGGAGAGUGCGCAGAGAGAGAAUAAGCCACUGGAUGUUGAAGGACUUUGGGAAUCUUUGAAACUGUUUGAAGAGUCUGAUAAUAUGAACUUCUUCAUCCAGAUCCUCUCCUUUGAAAAGGGCCUGAAAAUCUUCCCAAGAAUCUAUGGGUUCUUGGAUAGACAACAGAAGUUGACAAUUAUCACAUUAAUAUUUGCAAAUUUGUCCUUGAUCAAAGUUGUUGCUGAAUCCUCUUUCAAGAACCAUAAGGAUGAUCAGAUCCCUGCUAAGGUUCAAAGAACCAUUGAGCUCUUCCAACACGUUGUCCUCAAGACCAUCAUGGUGUUUUUAUCCUAUGACACUGCCAUUACUGAGAUCAUUGGUCUCUUAACCAUUUUAAUCGAACAUAACAAUGUUGCCUUCUUGGCCACGUCCAAACUAGGUACUUCAUUGAUUACGAUUCUACUUUCAAGAGGUGAAAUUAUUAAGCAAGAGCAGAACGUUUCCUCUGAAGAUUUGAAAGAUUGGUCCAACGCUUAUGAUAAGUUGUUCUCAUCCUUAGAGACCAAGCUUUCCCUGUUGUUCCCUUCAAAGAGCUCAAACUACGACGACUCUUACAUUUGGCAAUUCUUUGCCUCGUUGGCAUUGAGUGGUAAAUUGAACCAUCAGAGAAUCAUCGUCGAUGAGAUUAGAGAUGAAAUCUUUGGUUCUCUCGCAAAGGCGAAGGAGAGCGACGACGCGACAAAGAUGAUGAUCAUCUCCAACUUGAACUUGUUCUUGAACGUGAUUGGAUUAACUGCCAAAGGUGAUGAAAUUGUCGAAUUGAAAGAAGCUUGAAGGUGUUAUAGUUUACAGUUGUUAGUUUUGUUAAUCCAAUCUCUUUUUCUCUCAUUAUCAGUGGCAGCUCCAGUAAUCGGCAUGUGGGUCCACUGAGCUGCCUCAUACUUCUUCCUAUGGCUUAUUUUGCCGUAGUUAAAGCUUCCUCUUCGGUAUUUCUUGAAACGGUGUAAGUGUUUGAGUCUAGGGUACUUCCUAUAUGGGUAUGUUGUGGUGUUUGGAUGUUUUAUGACACAUCAUGAUUAUACAAGCUACUUGAAGCAAGAGUUUAGCUACUUGCUGCUGAAGCCGGAUCCUAAUGACUAUCUACGAAUGUAUACCACAUAGAAUAAUAUCAUAUAUC